AUAAAAGAGAAAGGAGAAAAGAUAAUAGUUAUAUCCAUAUAUAAUAAGGGUGGAUGGAAAAGGUUGGAAGAGAGUUUGAAUAGGAUGGUGGAGGAUGGAGAAAAUGGGAAAAUAAUAAUAGGAGGGGAUUUUAAUAUUAGGAUAGGAGGGUUAAAGAACAAUGAAAUGGUGGGAGAAAGAGAGGGUAGAAGAAGUAAAGAUAAAAUGAUAGGAAAGGAUGGGAGAAGAUUAAUAGAGUGGGUGCAAGAAAAAGGAUGGUAUGUAUUAAAUGGAGAUUAUAAAGGGGAUUGGGAAGGGGAAUUCACAUAUGUAGGCGCUAGAGGAAAUACGGUGAUAGAUUAUGUAAUUGUAAGUGAGGAAAUAUAUUGUAAGGCAGAAGAUUUUGUAAUUGGAGGUAGAAUAGAGUCGGAUCAUAUGCCACUAGAAUUAAGAAUAGAGGAAGAGGAGGAGGAUGAAGAAAGAAGAGUACCAAAGGGAGGAGAGGAAGAGAACAAGGAAGGAGGAGGAGAGAAGGAAUUUAUAAGUUAGAAGGAGGAGGAUAGGGUGAAAUUUAAAGAGGAAACGGAGGACUUCGUGCUGGAAGAAUAUCAAAAUACAGUGGAGAAGAAAUGGCAAGGAAUUAAAGAGAAGAUAAUAGGAUCA